AUGAAGAAUGAGCUGAACAGGAAUUACUCAGGGGUGACUGAAUUUAUCCUGUUGGGGUUUAGAACCCCUCCACAGCUCCAGGCCCUCUUAUUCUUGUUGUUCUUGAUGAUCUACAUGGUCACUGUAGUGGGGAAUGUCAGCAUGAUAGUUGUCAUUAAAAUGGACUCCAAACUGCAAACACCGAUGUACUUCUUCCUCAGAAACUUGUCCUAUCUAGAUCUCUGCUAUUCUACAGUCAUUGCUCCCAAAACCUUAGCUGACUUCUUGGCAAAUGAAAAGAAAAUUUCCUACAAUGGUUGUGCAACCCAAUUUUUCUUCUUUGCCUUGUUUGUCACAACGGAAGGCUUUCUUCUUGCUGUCAUGGCAUUUGAUCGGUUCUCGGCCAUUUGUUCUCCUCUCCUUUACCCUGUGCACAUGUCCCAGAAAGUCUGUGUCAGGCUGGUAACUGGAUCCUACAUCUGUGGAUGCAUCAACUCCAUUGUGCAAACAGGUCUCACCUUCAGCUUGCGUUUCUGUGGAGAAAACAGACUGGACCAUUUUUUCUGUGAUGUUCCAGCUCUGAUCAAGAUCUCAUGUGUUGACACCUCUGUGAAUGAGGCUGUUUUGUUUAUUCUCUCUGCUCUAAUCAUCAUCUGCACCACUACUGCUAUUCUGGUUUCUUAUGCAUACAUCCUCUCCACAGUCCUGAAGAUCCCUACCACCCAUGGCAGGAGUAAGACCUUCUCUACCUGUGGUUCUCACAUAGCAGUUGUGAGUUUAUUCUAUAGAAGUGUGUUCUUCAUGUAUGCCCAGCCUGGAGCCAUAUACACACCAGAGAAAAGCAAGAUUGUGGCUGUGUUUUACACACUGAUAAUACCAAUGCUGAACCCUCUAAUAUACAGUCUGAGGAAUAAAGAUGUGAAAGAUGCUGUAAAGCGAAUAUUAUGUGGGAAGUGUUCCUCUCAGUGA